AUGAAGGGCUUGCCCUGCCUGUGCCCUGCCCUGCCCCACUUCUGGCAGCUGGGGUCUCACUGCAUGGCCGAGGGCUCCGGGACUCAGGCCCCGGGGAAAGGGCCCCCGCUCAGCAUCCAGGUCCUGCGAGCCCAGUACGAAGGCUUGAGGAGGCAGCAGAGGACCCAGGCCCAUCUCGUGGUACUCCCGAAAGGAGGGAACACAUCUGCUCCUACUGAGUCCAUGAUCAGUGCUGUUUGGAUUAACAAGGAAAAGAGCUCAGUGUCCCUGGAACAGGCAGAUCCCGAGGCAGAGGGAAUGCUGGAGGAGGAUGGCAAAGGCUGUCUUCAGGUCCCUGAGUCUCCAUGGUACACGCACCUAGAGAUGUGUCGUCUGGUCCAAACCGUCCACCAGGAAACAAAUCAUCAAAUAAAUUACAAGGGCAAGCUUGUGGGGUCUGAUGAAAGGCUCCCUCCAGAAGGAAACCCACACUCAUUUGAAAACAAUCAGGUGACUCAGCCAAGACCCAAAAUCCCAGAGGCAGCCCAGCAUCAAUGUCAGGUGGGCAGUACGCAAACAAAAGCAGUGGAAUCUGGCCUAAAACUCAGCAUUCAGUGUCCUCCUUCCUUAAAGAACUCACAUGGGCCUGGCAAACCAGCUCACUAUCCAUUUCCCCAAAGGAAAACUCCCAGAAUCUCCCAAGCUGCCCGCAACCUGGGCUUAUAUGGCCCAGCCUGAAGCUUUCUACUCAGCCGGAUGCCUCAGCUUGAGGCCAUCUAUGGCCUCAUGAAAGAACCCAGGAGGCAGAGCCACACCUGGAGCCUCUAGCCAGGAGCAAGAACUGGACUAACCCAACUGUAGGAACUGUGAGAAAUGAACUUCAUGAUGGAAACAUAGUACUGUCCUUCAAAAAAGAAGAGAUUGCCCAGGCCAGAUUGCUCACAGUUUAGGAUGCAAGAUCAUUGAUCACUGUCUGACCAAUGCAGCACCAUUCUGCUUCUACAAGAAGACAUUGCUGUGGAAUGCUGGGUGCCCAUUUCUUGGGGAGGUCCAGUAGGACAUCUGUUCUGUCCCUGGAACUGGAGAAUUUUGAAACAUAAAGCAGGGACUCUAGCAUUAUAAUGGAAUGCCUUGGCAACGCCCCGGGGUCAAUGGGCAUGGACAACCUUAUUUUCAAUAUCUUCUGAUGAUUGCUCACAUGUGGAUAUGAGCUCUGAGAAUUCAGAGUCUUCUUCCGGUUGCUAGGCCUGGGGCCCACGCUCAUUCAGAAGUCACUACAUUCAUUGGUAGUGAACACUCCAUUUCAGCUAGGUCCCCUGGUUGAAGAGGGUCAGAUUGGGACUGGCUGGUUAGCUCACUUGGGAGAGCAGGGUGCUGAUAACACCAAGGUCAAGGGUUCUGAUUCCCUUACCAGCCAGCCAGAAAAAAAAAAAAAAAAAAAAAGAUGGUCAGAUCAAUGAUACCUGUUCUUUUGUGUGUUUAGGGGUUUUUAGGAAGGGCUAAUCAUCUGUCGCCUCUCACUGAGACUGCAUAUUCCAGAUUCGUCACAGACUUAUUUCCUUCCUUCUUUCCCUCCUUCCUUCUACCUUUCUGUCUUUUUCUCUCUUUGAAAUUAACUUCUUAUUAAAAACUGCCAAUCAUUGAAGAUAUAUGGUAAUAAUAAUGGGAGCCUGGGCAAGAAGAGACAAAGAAAUACUCCUGCCUGGAAAAUACGUUUUUCCCAUAAUCUGCCCCCUUUUCAGCCUAACUUGAUCAUUCAGCUCUUUCCUGGGAUCAAAUGUAUACUUUUAAAUCUAAGACAAAGUGAAAUGGGUGUUACUUGGGUGACAGGGAAGAGAGCAUGUCUUUCCUGGUUACUGUUUAGCUUUAGUAAGGAUAGUUAGGGGCUGGCUAGUUAACUCAGUUGGUUAGAGUGCCACUUUGUAACACCAACGUCAAGGGUUCGGUUCCCCUUGCCCACCAGCUGCCAAAAGAAAAAAGAAAACUUAACUGUGUCUGCAAAGCAAUCAACCUUUGCACCAGCUGAAGUGGCCCACGGGCUGAGCAUACCUGGGUCAUUCCUGCCAACAUGCCUUUGCUAAUUAAACUCUGGGAAUGUUCCCUACCUCCAUUUCUGCCUGUCAAAAUGAUAAAACUUGAUGGAAAAAUACCAUCUCUAAAGUAAUAGCUUCUAGGGCUGGCUGAUUAGCUCAGUUGGUUAGAGCACAGCCUUGUAACACCAAGGUCAAGGGUUCAGAUCCCCAUACCAACCAGCCCCCCAACACCCCCAAAAAGCAAUGAUAUCUAAACACCUAAGGUGCCGUUCCCUCAUAUCACAUUCUCUCUAUAAUGUGGUGUGUAUACACAAUGGGAUACUACUC